CCCACCCAUCCCCCUCUGUCAGUUCGUCGUCGCCGGCCACUUCGCCUCUCCUGCCGCCGCCGCCGCCUCCUUCCUAGCCCCCUCCAAACCCCCAGCUCAGCUCAGCCAUCUCGGAUCUCCCCCUCCAUGCCCAGAGCCAAGUAGAUAGACCCCCCACCGGCGCACGAACCUUGAGGCAGGCAGCGCGGCCGGCCGGCCACCUGAUGGCAUCCGUGGCGGAGCUCAAGGAGAAGCACGCGGCGGCGACGGCCUCGGUCAACUCCCUCCGGGAGCGGCUCCGCCAGCGCCGCCAGACGCUCCUCGACACCGACGUGGAGAAGUACUCAAAGGCGCAGGGGCGGACGGCGGUGAGCUUCAACCCCACGGAUCUGGUGUGCUGCCGCACGCUGCAGGGCCACAGCGGAAAGGUAUAUUCUCUGGAUUGGACUCCUGAGAAGAACUGGAUAGUUAGUGCCUCACAAGAUGGAAGACUAAUUGUAUGGAAUGCUUUAACGAGUCAGAAAACACAUGCCAUAAAGCUACACUGUCCAUGGGUGAUGACAUGUGCUUUUGCACCCAAUGGUCAAUCUGUUGCUUGCGGCGGUCUUGAUAGUGCAUGCUCUAUAUUCAACCUUAGCUCACAAGCAGACAGAGAUGGGAACAUGCCAGUAUCAAGAGUACUUACUGGACACAAAGGCUAUGUUUCAUCCUGUCAGUAUGUCCCAGACCAGGAAACCCGCUUGAUUACAGGCUCAGGUGACCAAACGUGUGUCCUGUGGGAUGUUACUACUGGCCAGAGGAUAUCAAUCUUUGGAGGUGAAUUUCCAUCAGGGCAUACAGCUGAUGUCUUAAGUCUGUCCAUCAACUCGUUAAACACGAAUAUGUUUAUCUCGGGUUCAUGUGAUACAACUGUAAGGUUAUGGGAUCUCAGGAUUGCAAGUCGGGCAGUUCGGACAUAUCAUGGACAUGAGGGCGACAUUAACAGUGUCAAGUUUUUCCCUGAUGGUCAGAGGUUCGGUACUGGUUCAGAUGAUGGUACAUGCAGAUUAUUUGACAUGAGAACAGGGCAUCAACUUCAAGUGUACAAUCGGGAGCCCGAUAGAAAUGAUAAUGAGCUCCCCAUCGUUACAUCUGUCGCUUUCUCCAUAUCAGGAAGGCUUCUUUUUGCUGGAUACUCUAAUGGUGACUGUUAUGUGUGGGACACGCUUCUUGCCGAGAUGGUGCUUAAUUUGGGAACUCUCCAAAACUCUCACGAAGGCCGUAUAAGCUGCCUUGGGCUGUCAUCCGAUGGGAGUGCAUUGUGUACAGGAAGCUGGGACAAAAAUUUGAAGAUCUGGGCUUUCAGUGGACACCGCAAGAUAGUCUGAAGCCCCAGCGCGUGUUCUCCCCGUGUCUGUACGUUCCUCGUCGCGUGUUGGAGGGUGGUUGGCCAACUCGAAAGCUUCCUGAAGAUGAAGCCGUCCGUUUUGUAGCAUGGAAUCCAUGAAUCUCCUGUUGUUUCCAAUGGAAAUCGCAGUUUGACAGAGUGUGCUGUGCGAUGUUGUUGCGCCAGGUCAAGUCAGCGUACUGUUGUUUAUAGAGUUGCCAGAAAGCAAGCAGCGCACAUGUGAUAUUUUCUGCCCUUGUUGUGUACAACUAUAUAUUUUUAGCUGUAGAAAAUGAAGCCGAAUUGUUAGAACCAAGAAUCAAUUUGUUCGUUUCUGGAGUAAGAUGAGAAAUGCGAGCUUCA